AUGAUAUUCUCUAGUUUGUCUUUUCUUUUUGGUUUCCUUGUACUUGCCUUUGCUUUAGCUGAGUCACUAGUUUCAAAUGGGGAUAUUUACCUUGGUACUCACAAUGCAUCCUCCAUUCUAGAAACCCAAGAAAUCUGGUUUGUGACUUUUACUAAAAGUGGAGAGGCUUUCAAAGACUUUAAUGAUAUCUGGGAAGCUUCCUCUAGCGCAUAUCCAAAUCUUCAUCAUGCCAAAGUGUUUUGUGAUUUGGAAUCCGAAUUUUGCAAAAGUCAAGGCGUACUUGAGUAUCCUCAGAUUGCUGUUUUACGCAACGGAGCCUGGAUGAGAAAUGUUUUGGACGACAGUCAUCAUUCGGUUGAUUCGGCGUUGGAGUUUGUCGAAGCCCAUUUAACUUACUGUCAAUUGGAGUCCUUAAAGACCGGUUCCAACUGCCUAACGGAGGAAAAUUAUGAUGAGCACUUGGAUUCCCGGGAAGCAGUUUUUGGACUAGAGGAAGACGAAUCCUGGAAAAGAGUCAACUCUUUAAGAAAAGCCGUGAAUCUAGUAUUUCGAGAUUUUCUUGAAGAUUCUGAAAAUAUCCUUUCCGAUAGAGCCUUUGUUAUGUUUUAUUCCACUACCAAAUGUCCAGAUUGCUUUCAGUGGGAGCCUAUCUGGUUAAGCAUUACCCGGGAUGUAGCUGAUGAAUUGACUAUGGGAUACGUCAACUGUGAUAGUGAAGAAGACCUAUGUGCUUAUUACCAUGUGGAUAAAUAUCCCACAUUUAUAGCUUUUCAAAAGCUGGAUGCUAUUAAAUAUGAAGGUCCGCUAAAUUAUCGAGAGUUAUCACGUUACGCCAAUCAGUUGGCAACUUACCAAACGUUACACGUCCAGCCGGAAGAAAUUGAAUCCAUAGAACACACACAUACAACGUUCUUCAUCUUCUUCCACGACUACGCUCUUACGUUAGAGGAUGUACAGUCUCUUAAGCGUAUGGAACUGUAUCUUGCUGGCAAUGCUCCUUUGUUUCAAUCUGAUUCCGCUGCUUUGGCCGAAAGAUAUGGAGUUCAUGCCUUGCCGGCAUUCGUUUCAGUGAGAAAUGGUGAGCCUUUUCUUUACCAAGCGAAUACACCACGUCAAUUUCGCUCUCACGAAAGGAUUCGUAAUUGGAUUCGCCAAGCAUCGCUUCCAUUAGCCUCAGAACUAUCACCGGUCAAUUGCCAUAAAAUGGUGGAUCGAAAACUGAGCGUUAUAGCACUGCUUAAUCCAGAAUCCGAAAGCUAUUUAGGAGAUCGAGCCAGUCUGUUAAACUUUGGAAAACAUUGGUUCCAGUUUCAAAAGAGACGGGAACGCAAUUUUAUCUCACACCAGCGAGUGAAAAAGUACACAGCCUUGACAAAGGCUAAAAAAUCAAAAAAUCAAAAAAAAAUCGAACGGAUCAAGUACUCGACUAUAGAACAUCCAAUUUUCACCGAGUCAGUAUCCUUUCUAUGGACUGAUUCCACUGUUUGGCAAACUUGGUUACUCACAAAUCUAGGCUAUUCAGAAACGUUAACUAGCGAAGUCACUGUGUUUAUCGUGGAUAAUGAACGUGAGAUCUUCUACACCCAAGGACACGACGGUAAACCUUUGAAGUUGGACGAACCAUCUUUGUUUUCCACUUUGAGAGCGAUUCUUGACAACUCGAAAUCAAUUCCUCACCAAGAAAUGGGUAAAGCAACUAUGUGUGGCGGUGAGAUAUAUCACAAAAGUGCAUACUUCAAACCAAUUAUCUAUUGUUUAUUUUUGUUUUUAUCAUGUAUCAUGAUUAUUGUACUCAUACAUAAGCGAAGACGAGCACAACCUUCUCGUAUGCAACCCAUUCUUGGUUUUAUGGACUUUCAUCCUUUAGUUACUGUUAAAGCAGACUAA